AUGAAGAAUGAGGCCUAUUCUUUGGCCUUCUUCAGGGCUAUUACUGCAGAGUUCUUGGCUACCAUGCUUUUUGUCAUCUUUGGGGUAGGCUCAGCCUUGAACUGGCCCUCUGCCCUCCCGGGGAUCCUUCAGAUUUCACUAGUGUUUGGCUUGGCCAUAGCCAUGCUCGUCCAAUCGGUGGGCCACAUCAGUGGGGCACACAUCAACCCGGCAGUGACAUUGGCUCUUCUCGUCGCACAGAAGAUUUCCAUACUACGAGCCCUGGCCUACAUAAUAGCUCAAAUGGUAGGGGCAAUUGCUGGCGCAGGGGUGAUUUACCAGGUUACCCCACCGGAGAUCCGAGGAGGACUGGCUGUCAAUGGGCUGCAGAACAACACACCAGCGGGGGUGGCGGUGGCAGUGGAGCUGAUUCUGACCUUCUCACUGGUCCUCUGUGUCUUUGCCUCAACUGACAGCCGCCGAACUGAUAAAGUGGGCUCUCCAGCAUUAUCUAUUGGACUGUCAGUCACAACUGGCCACCUCCUAGGCAUUUAUUUCACUGGCUGCUCCAUGAAUCCUGCACGGUCUUUUGGCCCAGCUGUCAUCAUGAGAAACUUUCAGGAUCAUUGGGUGUUCUGGGCAGGACCUUUGGCUGGAGGCAUCUUAGCUUCUCUGAUCUACAAUAUCAUCCUUUCUCCUGAUACCAGAAGUCUUGCAGAGAGAAUUUGUGUUCUAAAAGGGACCUACAAUUCUGAAGAUGAUUGGAUAGAGAAGAAUGACCAGAAAUACUCAACAGAACUGGUGGACAAGUUAUAAUAUAGCAAAAAGUAGUGGAGUAGAUAAAGAUGGGGUGUUUCACCACAAUACCCUCCAAAAUAAUGACGGACUAAAGAAAAACCAUACUCCCAUCAUCCCCUAUGGACAAGCUUAUCAGUUUCUAGUCUCUAUCCCUCUCUUUAAUG